AUGGCCUCCAUUUCUGCAACUCCUCUUCAUUUUCUCUUAAUCUUUUCCGUUCUCUCAAUCUCAUCUUCCACCAUCUUCUCUGCAACAGUGGUAGAAGACCUUAACAACUUGCACCCUCCUCCAGACUUCAACACAACAAUUGCAAACAACUGCAAGAACAAUCCAUCUCUUAGAUACUGCAAUAAUCUCACCCCCUUGAGCCUCCCUGAGAUCUUCAAGUUCACCGUUGUUGCAAGCCAUCUGUGCAAUGAGUCGAAAAACCCUAACUGUGUGGAGUCAUUCCCCAACAUAAACCUCAAAAACCGUCCCAAAAUCGUCCCACUGUAUUUAUCUUUCGACUUCUUCUGGAAGUACUGCCCCUUGACCAUCAUGUCAAUCAACCUUGCCAACAACUCUUUGAAGGGCUACUUCCCUUCUGAUAUCUUUCAUUGUUCCCAAAUCCAGUCUCUUGACUUGAGCCACAAUGACCUUUCUGGGGAUCUCCCAAUUCAGAACUUCUCUGUUCUCACCAACCUAACCUUCCUUAACUUGUCAUACAAUCACUUCUCAGAGAGUAAAAUCUCCAAUACCCAGUUCUUCAAACGGUUCAAUUCUUCGAGUUUUGUUCAUUCCGGCCUCGUCCCAGAUCAUGGAACGUUCAGGAUCAAGGCUUUACUAGCGUUCAUUGGUUUUCCAAUCUUUGCGAUUUUGGUGGUGGUCUGUUUGUGCUGGCUUUGCUUCCAGCGUCCAGAUUUUCUACCUGGUGUCUUUGGCAGAAAACAAAAGUUUACACCGUCAAUACUGAAGGCUGCAACAGAUGGGUUUUCAAAAAGGAAUCUGGUGGCCAAGGGCAAGGGAGUUCAUAUUUAUAAAGGGCUGUUGAGGGAUGGAAGUGAAGUGAGAGUAGAGAUCUAUCCUAUGGAUAACUUAUCAUCAAGAAAAGACCGGCAAAUUUUCAUUGCAGAAUGCAGGAUUCUUGUUCAGCUAUGGCACAAGAACUUGGUUCAAGUGUUGGGUUGGUGCGAUAAUCGACGAUUGAGGGCCAUAGUUACAGAAUGGAUUGAUGGAGAGGAUAUUGAAAUGUGGCUGUCAAGGUCAGCUCCAACAUGGAAGCAGAGAGUCAAAGCCUUGAAGGGUAUAGUGGAAGGCAUGUGUUACCUGCAUGAAGAAUGGCCUGAAGUUGGAUAUGAUCUGAAGACAAGUAGCAUACUGUUAUCAGAUGAUCGAGAGCCCUUGAUUUCAAGAUUCAAAGUGAAAGAUCGAACCAGAUGCUCUCAGAAGGUUUACAAGUUGGGAGUGUUGCUAUUGGAGAUGGUAACCAACAGAAGGCCCAGAGAAGAGUUUGAGAGGGGAGAAGCUGGUUUGCUUGAGUGGGCGAGAAUGCAUUUCCCUGAGAAAGUGCUGGAAUUGAUUGACAAGAGAAUGAAGAAGACGGACCUUGUUCUUGAUCAAGCUACACACCAGGAUUGGUUCAGAUCUCUGACAUGA